AUGAUCCAAUUAUUCCAAAAGACCUUUGGAAUUGGCAUUAUCCUCCUUUACAUUACUCGUUUCAUAGAGAAGGCUGGCUUCAUGUCCUCCGACGAGAAGAUCUUAUUGACCAUCCUAGUCGAAGUUGCAAAGACAAUAUGCAUCCUCGUGGCCACUUUUCUCCUUGGCAAGCUCGGGCGACGACGGUUGCUAUUGAGCAGCAUAGGUGGGAUGAUUGUGUCUCUUGUCAUCCUUAGAACAAGUCUUGUGAAGAUCGACCAAAUCGACACAAAGCAUAUCGACGACCCAAAUGACAUGAAGCAAAUGUGGGUGGCAAAAAUGUGCAUCACCUCAUUGUUCCUUUACAUGGCCUCUUUCUCCGUAGGGAUGGGACCUGUCACUUCGAUUUUCAACUCUGAGGUAUUCCCACUUAAGCUGCGAGCACAGGGAUGCGCAAUCGCCUUUGCUGUGAACCAAGGGGCGAGUGCACUGAUGUCAUCCAUAUUCUUAGUACUGGACAAGCCGAUGCCCCUCGGCGGGGCUACCUUCUCAUUCGCUGUGGUCUCCAUCAUAGCGUGGGUGGUCUUCUUCAUCACAAUGCCGGAAACUAAGGGCUGGUCUCUUGAGGAGACGGGCUGA